AUGGCGUCUGAGCUGUUCGACAAGUUCCCUUACGUUGUGCUAGUGUACAGUUCAGGCGAGGAUCCGGAAUUUCAGUGCCUGACGAACAAGCGAACUGAGUUGGACAUGAAUGCUAAAAAAGCCACGUACGUCUGGAUGUUCAAAGGCCAUAACGGCAGUGAGAGAAAAAAUGUUGCUUUGCAUUUAUCCGCCGGCGACGCACCGGACAGGGUCGUCUUUACCUUGAAUGAUGACACGGAACACACCAUGGUUGCCCAUUUUGUGUAUACAGACUAUAAAGACUGCGUCAUUGUGGAGAUUCCCUACGAUGGAGAUCAAUGCCAGCUAUGGGUUUCGAAGGAAGUGAAAGACAACAUUCCUCAGCAUUGCUUGGAUCAGCUCGAAGAUAUUUGUGACGUCUCCAAGGAAGAGUAUUCGAAAGAGCUCUGCCAGAAUGACGUGGACGACCUUUGA